CAUCUUUUGUAAUUUAUUGCUCACCUUUUUUUGGGGUGAACCAGACGCGAACCGGAGCUCUCUUACCCUACCAUUGCUGAAUAACUCAGAAGCUACACAAGCUCGCUAGGGUUUUCAUUCUUGUGUGUUAAUGGUUUUUGCUCAGAAAAUGGUGUCUCUAAUGGCCGCGAGACGAGCACAGAACUUCAGUUCCAGUUCUCUCUUCAAGCUGCGCUUCCAGCUCCCUCGCCACUUCUUCCCGCAGCACAACCAGAUCCUAACCCUAACCACCGUCAAAACCCUAAGCACCUCUGCAGCCCCUAGUGACUGGCAGAGAGCUCCACAGACUUCUGACCCCACGGCUGUUCAGAACCCCACUCAAUGGGCCUUUCAACCCCCCCAAAACCCUAAUCAGCGGACUCCUGGAGAGCAGAACUAUGGAGACUAUCCUCCGCAUGGAAACCCCUACUCUUUUCAAAACCCUAGUAACUCUCAGCACCAGAACAAACCUAAUCAGUGGACUCCAGUACAGAACAGUCAGAACUAUCCUCAGCGUGGAAACCCCGGGGCUUUUCAGAACCCUGGCCAGUGGGACUCUCAGGACCCGAAAAACCCUAGCCAGUGGACUCCGCAAGAGCAAAGCUAUCAGAACUACCCUCAGCGUGGAAGCCCUAAUCAGUGGGGGAGCCCUAAUCAAUGGGAUUCACGUAAUCCAAAUUUUGGUCAGCAUCGUCAAAAUCCUGCUGUGAAUCAGAAUUAUCCACCGCAGCAGGGGCGUUUUAAUCAACUAAGCAAUCAGAAUCAGGGUCAAAAUCCUUCUGUGAAUCAGAAUUAUCCACCGCAGCAGGGGCAUUUUAAUCAACUAAGCAAUCAGAAUCAGGGUCAAAAUCCUGCUGUGAAUCAGAAUUAUCCACCGCCACUGGGGCGUUUUAAUCAACUAAGCAAUCAAAAUCAGGGGUACCCGCAGCGCGGGAACCCCAAUCAGUGGAGACCAGAAGAUCAGAACAAUGCUCAUGGGGCAUAUCCUGAUCAACAGACCAUUGAGAACCCAAAACAGGGGGAGGUUGUGGAGAAAACUGCCCCGAAAAGUCUGCCUUCUGAAACUGAUCUGAUCAGGUUGUGCCAAGAGGGAAAGAUGAAAGAAGUUAUUGAGUUUUUGGAACAAGGGGCUCGAGCUGAUGCUCUGUGUUUUUCUGCAUUCUUUGAGGGAUGUGCAAAGAGGAAGGUGCUUGAAGAUGCAAAAAAAGUUCACGAUUUCUUUUUGCGGUCUACCUUUAGGGGUGAUCUUCAGCUGAACAAUAAGGUUCUUGAUAUGUAUGGGAAGUGUGGGAGUAUGGUUGAUGCACGCAGGGUGUUUGAUCACAUGCCUGAUAGGGAUAAGGAGUCUUGGCACUUGAUGAUAAAUGGAUAUGCUGCAAAUGCAUUAGGAGAUGAUGGGUUGCAGCUUUUUGAAGAGAUGAGGAAGCUAGGAUUGCCACCUGAUGAGGACACUUUCCUUGCUGUUUUAGCUGCAUGUGCUAGUGCAGAAACUGUUGAAGAAGGUUUUAUACAUUUUGAAUCCAUGAAAAAGGACUAUGGUAUUGCUCCUGGGAUUGAGCAUUACUUGGGGCUUUUAGAUGUUUUAGGGAAAUCUGGGCAUGUUGCCGAGGCCAAGGAGUAUAUUGAGAAUCUGCCCAUGGGAGUUUCAACUGUGUUUUGGGAGUCUCUGAUGAAUUAUGCUAAAUUUCAUGGAGAUAUUGAUAUUGAAGAUUAUGCUGAGGAGAUGUUGGUUACUCUUGACCCUUCAAAGGCAACUGCAAAUAAGAUUCCUACACCUCCUCCAAAGAAGUAUUCUACAAUCAAUAUGCUUGAUGGAAGGAACAGACUUGCUGAGUUUCGGAACCCAACACUCUACAAGGAUGAUGAAAAAAUGAAAAGCUUGGCAAAAGAAGCCCGUUAUGUGCCGGACACAAGAUAUGUUCUUCAUGACAUUGAUCAAGAGGCUAAGGAACAGGCUUUGUUGUAUCACAGUGAGCGUUUGGCAAUUGCAUAUGGUCUCAUCAGUACUCCUGCAAGAACACCUCUCAGGAUUAUCAAGAACCUCCGUGUCUGUGGCGACUGUCACAAUGCCAUCAAGAUCAUGUCCAAGAUUGUCGGCAGGGAAUUGAUUGUUAGGGACAAUAAACGUUUCCAUCAUUUCAAGGAUGGCAAAUGCUCUUGUGGAGAUUAUUGGUGAUAUUAUCGUUGCUUUAAACUUCGAUGGGAUACAAUGAGAUUUUCCCAUUUGCAGUUUUGUAUCUUUUGUGUAAAGUUCCAACCACCAAGCUCUAUGGGCUGUUGUGGAACAGAGUUGCAGAUUGUGGGAAUUGAACAAUAUGGUAUUCACUGCUUUA